AUGUGGACUGCAACCUGGGACAGGUUGCCAACGAGAGAGAGACUUGCUGCUUGGGGAAUGCCGAUCGCUACUACUUGCCCCCUUUGCGCAAGGGGAAAUGAAACGAGGGAUCAUCUGCUGCUGUCUUGUGAGUAUAGCCUACAAGUAUGGAGGGAGGUGUUCAUCAGGUGCACGGCUCCGUCGACCAUGUUUACAACUUGGUCGGAGCUCUUGUCUUGGAUUAGAGCGGCAGGAUCAAAGGAGUUGAAGCUACUGCGUAAAGUGGCUACACAAGCCUUCGUUUUUCACAUUUGGAAACAAAGAAAUAAUCUGGUCCAUAAUCAGUUAUCCAUUCCUUCUUCAUCAGUUUUCGCUGGACUGGAUAGGGAAGUGUGA